AUGCGUUUGCUUUCCCACUUGGUCCGGCGAGUUAAAGGCAAAAUGCAGGACUUGAAAAAGUUGGUCAAUAUGCCAUUUCUACUGCGAAUCCACGACAUGUCGUCGAUCAGCUGUGGCACGUUUACGGUGGCGACAUCCACAUUGUGGCUUGACCCUGGAAGGGAUGAACCCGGACGGGCGUCGGGAUCACGACUCGAACUGCGACCUCAAACCUUAAUUGGCAAGGUUUCCUCGUCGCAUGGCUGA